CUUUCGGUCGUGUUCGCGCAUGCGCCGCGUCAAUCAGUCGUAUAAAUGAACACUGACAGUUCCCCUAAUUUUAUUUUUGUUUAAAUAAAAUAAAAUAAAUAUUCAAACAAAAAACCAUAACAUAAACUUGCACUUUUCGUUUCGAAAAAGUUUAUUGAUAUAUCGUUGAAAAUGAAUGUGUUGCGUUCAAUGUUUUAAGUGUUUUGAUGAAUAAAAAAUCGAUUUACACCGACCUAUCCUCUUUAUAUUGAAUGUUGUGUUAGAUUUGUGUUUUCAUAUUGUUGAUUUUGGCGACAAGUGAGGCCAAUCUAACUGUUGGUGUGUUCGGGAACAGGUUUUUGAAACGGUAGAGUUAUUCGUGGUGUUUUUUUUUUGUUUAUGUACCUACAUCUAUAUGGAAAUAUAGAUUAGUUCGCGAUAGGCAAAGUGAGUGAACCCUUUUACCAAGUGAUGCUGUGAUAUUUGUACAAAUAGUUUGGCGUAGCUUCAUCCGUGCAUGAUCACUAAGGAAAGAGCGAAGCGGAGGACGACAGGCGGAAGGCAAAUGAUGAUCGCGGAGUGUGCUCAGAGUCGCGUCCGGCGAAAUGGCCGCGCUUUCCUGCUACCAGCCGUGCCGGUCGCACCUCGCACAGCCUGCUAGGUGCUUCGACGACGACGAGGAAUCGGCGACGCUAUCAGCGCGAAGACGUCAGUUCAUCGAAAGAUGUCACCAGGCGCGAACAGGUCGGAACCGGGACCUCAUACCUGAGGUGUCCGUCAAGCGCACCAGGGAGGAGUUGGCGAAGCAUGCGGCACAAAACGCGACACUGACGAGGCGGCUCAACGUCGAGUCUGGGUGGUCAAAGGUUGAGGAGGUCAGGAAGAAGUUUGAGGACGCGGCGACGUUGACAGCUUACUCUAGAUCGUUUGAAUCGCCGCCUAGGCGUCGUCUAGCAGAUUCGUUGUUCGCCAGUUUCAAACUCCCUCGCAAGAAGGACAUGGCGCAACCGCGGUCACUCGUGCCUCAGCAGCAGCAGAAGAGGAAAUCCGCGGUGGAACUGCUAGCGGAGUCCAAAGCGUUCUAUGUUAAGUCUGAAACCGUACUGGAUCGGAAGCAAGAACUGCCUUUGAGGGUGAGCAGCGGGCUCAGUCAAGCGAUAGCAGCCGGGGGCUGUCAUCUGGUCAGCUCCGGUGCUCUCAACAAUGAAGCCUGCUGCAAUCCUUAUGCUACGACGAGGAUAGCUAGUACCCGAAGGGCGGUGAGUGCGGGCGAAGGGUUGCAGAACACUUUGCGAAGAUUGCUGGAGCAUUCUGACAGUAGGGAGAAUGUUUAUUCACCGGCUUAUGUCUCUCAAAAAAUGUUCUCCGAGACUCGCCGGUUAAAAGACUCAUACCCAGAACGAGAGAUACCCCGCUCCCAGCACACGUCCGGAACGUUUUCCGGAACCUCCUCCUCCGGUACUUCCGGUUCCAAACAGAAAUCGGAAGAUAAGAGUCGGCCAAUGAAUUUCGCAGAUGCGAGAGUUUUCUUUCCGGAAUCCUUCGUUAUACCCCGACAGAGGCCUAGUGAAGUUGUAAUCAAGAGUACAUAUUCAAUACCAAGCCCCCAAUCGAGUCCGCAUCAGUUACCAGACGAUAUCUCCCGCAGCGGCGAUCAGUUGGGAGCGAUCAGCCCUCCAGCUGAAUAUGCUCAUUCCGCACCUAGAUAUAUUAGAUCAAAUUCACAUUCGCAACCGAGCGCACGUGAAGAUGACUGCACAAAUAUAAAUAGUCACAAGUCGCUACCUGACUUGCAUGCCCAAGCACACGUCUAUCCCGAACAUGUGAACGUGGUAGUAGGAACUGAAUCGAUAGGAAGGUCCCCGAGACGAAGGCGCCAUUCUGCUCAUCAUCGCACUGCGUCUUGCUCUUCUAAAGGAACUAGGUCGAAUCAUUCAUCUCUUAUGUCAUCCUGCGACGCUUUCUCGGAACACCCGUCACCUGGUGAAGAAAAUUAUCAAUCAUAUAACAGUCGCUGCGGGUCGUCUUUUGCUCGUGAUUCAGGCGGUUCGAGCGGGCAUUACACACAACGCAGUGCCCCGCCUCACGCGCGUGAAAACACGAAUGCGCAUCACGAGAGAAACAGAGGAUACACCUCAUGGCAAGCCAACAACGGAAGCGCAUUAGAACAAUGCUACGUGUCAGCGCCCCCGCAGUUCCAAGACGGGGCGCCCUCCCCUCCACCGCUGUACCAGGCACACCUCCCGCACCCUCCGCAUCCGCGUGUCGGCAUACACUUCCAAGCGAGCGCACCACCGCCCCAGUUCCAAGAUGAACCGCCUCAUUACGACUACGGUGAUUAUGACUGCACUUACAAAGCCCCGCUCAAAUGUCUCAACGUGGGCAGGAAGGAAUACGCGAACUCCAGGGAAUAUACACGUUACCACGAACCGAACACGGAGUUAAUCAGCAAGCAACCACAAUACCAAGAAUCUCGUAUGAGAACGCGGGUUGAUGACAAGGAAUACGUGAAUACUGCGCAGGCCUGUCCUCCCGAGGAAGUGACGUCACCCCUUGGUACGUUUAAACGCCAAAGAUGCCUUCGAUACAAGCAGAGGCGGCCCAGACCAAUAUUGCGAUCAAAAUCAGACAUAUCCGACAGAUAUAGAAGAACAGAUGGCCGUAGCCCAGCAUCAGCGCCAUGCGAUGGAGAAGAUUCUCCAGACAGUCCAUCCGGAGAAUCUGUUAAGCUGCAGCAUUUCUUCGACUAUUUGGGCAUGGACUCCAGACAGUACGAUGGGCUUCUCAAGGAUGGGGACGAAGACAGUCCGGUGUUCUUUUCAUCUGCGUCUACGGUGGACUCUAAUCAGUUGGCUACUGCUGCGGACUAUACGGUUCAAGGGCCUGGUGUACAAAAGCAGAUAUAUCGUAACACAGAACCCCCGAGUGUCGUGGAACGUAACGCAAGAAUUAUCAAAUGGCUGUGUCAAUGUCGGAAAGCUCAAAUACAACCGCCUCAGUAGAUAACGAUUUUUAACUGAAAGGGUGAAACCUAUACAAAACUGAAUUCAUCGAAGCACAGCCUCACAGGCGCUGGUUACAAAGUUUCUGCAGGCUUCUAAGUUACAAUGCGGGUUUUUAAGCUGCAACAUAAUCAUUCGCUUUAUUGGAAAAUAUUUUUUUCCAUCGGCCUAUGAAAUUAAGUAAAGACUUAAUGGCUUGCCAUGGCUUUGGCUCUUAAACCCUUUGUUCGGUGAGCGGAUCGGUCUCAAGACUUGGGUCCUGCCAACAACUCGAAUGCAAAAUAACAACACUCGAAUAAGUAGUUUCAUUAUUGCGUCUACAUGCAUCGUUUUUAUUGAUAUGAUUGUAAUUAUGAACCAAAUAUUAUAAAUCUUAAGAUUUAAUUUGUUGUGACUAUUUUUUUCUCUUGGAGAAUAGCAUUGAUAAGUUUGUAGGUUGUCGGAUUGCAUUACAGUAGAAACCAUUCAAUGAAAAUAAAAUUAUGUAUUUGUAAAAGAUGUUCCUGUUGCGGAUUUGUCAUUAUUCAUAGCGUUAGAUAAUUUCAAAUUUGUAUUUAUAAUGUACUUUAAGACUUAAUACUUUAAAAAAUAAUGUGUUGUCAUGGGCGUAGCUAAAGAAUGUCGUAAUACGUUUAAAACAUCACCUGAUUUUACACAUACUUUUACUACGUCUUAAUUAAAUAUGUUUGGAGGUUAAAUUUCAGGAUAACUAUUUGUCUGACUUAUUUUUUUGAUUUAGUUUAAAGAAAACUCAAAAUGCAUCAGAAGGUAAAAAAAUAUGUUCAAGGUUACCCCUUCUAGCUACGCCAAUGAAAACUAAAGAUGUAGGAUAGUUUACAUCUUGAGAAUCGGGAGCACAAAAUGGAUCAAUCUUAGCUAAAACAUUUUUUUUUGUUCGUGCCAAAUUAUGAUAAUUAGCGUAUUUAUUUCGGCAAAGACACGAAAUAUAAGUUUGCAAUGAAUUACUAACUUUUAAUCAUAGGAUUAUGUUACUAUAAUGCAUAAUAAUAUGUUUUGAAAACAUAAAUUGUUGGAAUUAACUGAGUAUACUUUGACUCGCGACCCUGAAGACGACGGUGCUCGUACAAUGGUGCUAAUUUGGUUGUAACUAAAUCUCUUAAACAAAUUAAAUUGACAUUAAUAAAAAUAGUGCCAUUGCAUUCAGAACUGUCAAUUUAGUACAAAGAUGUGUGUACAACCGAAUUAGCUUCAUUAUAUGUAUGUAACCUGCAAAAGGUUGACUUUAUUGUUAUGAACACGCGUUUUAGACGUCCAUUCGUGAUAGUUAUACGUUGAAAGGUUGGGCUUAAAAACCAGCCUACGUUUAUCUAUGUGGAAUGGUAAAGAAGAAGUACAAUAACAAAUCGCAUUAACUACUUUAAGCCUAAUAUUACUGGGAAAGAAAUAUGACAAUAUCACAAUGAAACGAAAUUAUUCUAAAGCAUUAUAUAAUUAAUAAUAGUUCCGAUGUAACGCAAUAAUUAACGGUCUAUUUGUAAUUAAUAAUACAGGUCUUCAAUCGCUUAUGUACU